AUGGCCCGCCUUACACGGUUGGCCGCCAUUGCGGCACUAACAUCCUCAGUUUACGGCCUCGAUUUAAAAGCUGACAGCUCCGAUUCUAUCAAAUCCGUGGCUUCCACAAUCGCCCAGCAAAUGGUCUCCUACUACCACGGCAACCAGCGUGGCAAAACCGUAGGCCUCCUAGACAGCCCUCCCUACUAUUUCUGGGAAUCUGGGGCCAUGUUCGACACCUUAAUCCAAUACUGGCACCUAACAGGCGACAACCAAUAUAAUGACAUCGUCAGCCAAGGCCUCCAAGCUCAAAUAGGGCCAAAUGAAAACUACAUGCCUACAAAUCAGUCUGCAAGUAUAGGAAAUGACGACCAGGCUUUUUGGGCUCUUGCGGCGAUGUCAGCUGCUGAAGCAAAGUUGCCAGAGUCGCAGGGAAAUCCGACGUGGAUCUCGCUGGCUGAUGCAGUGUUUAAUGACCAAGUCGCACGGUGGGACAACUCGAGUUGCAAUGGCGGUUUACGAUGGCAGAUAUUCGCAUUGAACACGGGCUACAGUUACAAAAACAGUAUCACCAACGGAAUGUUCUUCCAGCUCGCCACCCGCCUGGCACGCUACACGGGGAACUCGACAUACUCGGACUGGGCCACCAAGACCUUCGACUGGACAACCGCAGCUGGCUUCAUCGAUGCCAAAUGGAACGUAUUCGACGGCGCACAGGCUAGCACCAAUUGCAGCGAAAUGGACCAUGUCCAAUUUUCCUACGUAGCAGGCACGUUCGUCACAGGCGCAGCACAUAUGUAUAACAUAAACCGCUCCAAUAAAUGGAAAUCCGCCCUCGACGGCCUGCUCAGACAAACCCUCUCGGUCUUCUUUCCCGACGGAAUCGCCUACGAAGUUCCGUGUGAAAAGCGAGCCACCUGCACCACAGAUAUGCACGCUAUGAAAGGGCUGCUAGCUCACUGGCUUGUCGACACAAUUCAAAUGGCGCCAUAUACUAGUGAUGCAAUCCUGCCGAAAUUGAAGAGUACAGCCAGUGCUGCGGCGGCGACUUGCAAUGAAGGAGCUUGUGGAUUUGAAUGGAGUACGGGUGACAAGGGAGGGAACAAGACGGAUGUUGGGUAUGAAAUUAGUGCUUUGAGUUAUGUGCAAGGACUGCUGGUUGGGGAGGCUGUAGGUCCUGUGACAGCGAGCAGCGGAGGAACCAAUGCGACAGGUACGAGUACGGGAUCUGGGCCAGGGACGAGUGGGACAACUACGACUUCCGGUACUGGGACACCGUCUGCUACAGCGAAUGCUGGAUCUAUUGUUGGAGCCGCGAUUUAUACGACGGGCCCAGUGGUAGCUCUUCUAGGGUCAGUGGCUUGGUUAAUUUUGUAG